GUCAUCUCUGGGAGGGAGCGUGUUCUCCCCGUCGUUCUAUUGAUUCUGCUAAUUUCACGUCCGGCAGUUCUCUCCCAAUUCUGUAUUUCUACUGUUCUUUUUCUUCUUCGUCUCCUCCUUGUAGCCUUCUUGUAGCCUUAGUAAGUUGUAUAGUACCAUGAGGCUUCCUUUUCCAUCAAAAGCCAUUUGCACCUUUCAGUUGUUUGCAACUAUUGCUUUAUUGUUUGAGAUCCCCUCCAUAUCUAAAGCUGAUGAUCCAACGCUCUGGUCCUGUUAUGACUCCGCAAAUUACACUUCUGGCAGCCAAUUCGAAAGUAAUCUCAAUAACACCUUCUCUUCCCUAUAUGCUAAUACUCCCUCCACCCUUUUCAACACCACCGUGGCCGGCGAUGACCCUGACCGUGUAUAUGGUCUGGUUCAGUGCAGAGGAGACGCCACCCAAGAUGAGUGCCGGAACUGUGUGAAUAAUUCGACCGCUGAGAUCGUUCAACUUUGUCCUCAGCGAAAGGAAGGAGUGAUACGCUAUUGGGGUUGUGUCUUACGCUACUCAGACAAGGAUUUCUUCGGCCAAAUCGGCAAUAAUGGCCUUACAGUCUACACCUUUCCAGUGGACAACGUGACCACAGAUGUGGCUCUGUUUAACGAAAGGGUUCUAGAUCUAAUGGAAAACUUGUCGCUUGCGGCUGCUGGUAGCCCUUCCAAGUUCGCGACUGGACGGAACAUCUCUGUGAAUAACUUUAAUUUUGUAUAUGGGAUGUUGCAGUGCACAAGCGACUUGUCGGACAAUACCUGUUACUCCUGCCUGCAAAACAUAAUUGCAGACAUCCCAAGCUGUUGUAAUUGGCGAUCGGGAGGGAAUGUGUAUACUGACAGUUGCUUCUUAAGAUACGAUUCUUAUCUCUUUUUUAACUGGUUAUCUCCUCCACCUCCGUCCCCAACGCAGGCAUCUCCACCAGCAUCAUCCCCACCCCCGCCGGUUAAUGGUGGAGCCACCACUACAACCAAUACAACACGAGGAAAAGGAGAUGGAAAGGUAACCUUAAUAAUUAUUUGUUCUCUGGUCAUUCCUGUGGUUAGUGUUACAACAUUAGUGAUUGCUGUUCGGGUAUGGUGGCUACGGAGGAACUUGAGGAAAGAAAAAGGGACAGGCAAGACAGGAGAUGUGGAUUCGCUAUUGUUUGAUUUGAAGACUCUAAAAGUUGCCACUGGAGGCUUUUCUGAUUCAAAUAAGAUUGGUCAGGGAGGGGGUGGUACUGUUUAUAAGGGUAAACUAUUGGAUGGGCGUGAAAUAGCUGUGAAAAGGCUUUCAAGGAAUUCCCCUCAAAGUUCAGAGGAGAUGAGAACUGAGAUACUUCUAGUUGCCAAACUUCAACAUAGGAACUUAGUUAGACUUCUCGGUUGUUGUUUGGAAGAACACGAGAAGCUGCUUGUCUAUGAAUACUUGCCUAACUUGAGCCUUGACCACUAUUUGUUCCACCAUGUAAAGCGUCUGUUGUUAGAUUGGGAAAGACGGCACAAAAUCAUCGAAGGGAUUGCUCGGGGACUACUUUAUCUUCAUCAAGAUUCUCAGCUUAGGAUAAUUCAUCGGGACUUGAAGGCCAGCAAUGUUUUAUUAGAUGAAGAAAUGAAUCCUAAAAUUUCAGAUUUUGGGUUGGCCAGACUUUUCCAAGGAGAUCAAACUCAUGACCAAACAAAGCAGAUUGCUGGGACAUAUGGAUAUAUGCCACCAGAGUAUGCUGUUCAUGGGCAAUUCUCAACAAAAUCAGAUGUAUAUAGUUUCGGAGUUUUGGUUUUAGAGAUUGUGACGGGCAAGAGAAAUUCGACUUUCUGCAAAUCUUCUAACCACUCUACCAAUCUUUUGAGUUUUGUAUGGCAUCAUUGGGCCAAUGGAACAGCAUCUGAGUUGCUUGAUAGAACUGUAAGGCAACCCUUCCCUUGGCAUGAAGCUGUAAGAUGCAUUCACAUUGGGCUACUUUGUGUUCAAGAAGAUCCAAGUGAUAGGCCAGCCAUGUCAACUGUUGUUCUCAUGCUUACUAGCCACUCUAUAAGUCUCUCAGUACCUUCACGACCUGCAUUUUUUAUUUGGAAUACAACCGAACCAGAUAAGCUUCCUCGGAAUUCAGAUGCAGGAGAUCUUGGACAGUCUAAUUCAUAUGAAAGUGAACCUGGACGGUCUUCGCCUAAAUCACAAGCAGUAGACUCAAAAAACGAUGUUACGUUAAGUGAAUUAGAUCCUCGCUAAGAAUCAGAUUGAUAUAGGUUUAAAUUAUUGGUUACACUUCAUUGAAUAUUAUUAUCAUCAUAAAUAAUAAUAACUCGUCAUUCUAUAA